AUGAGCGAAGAUACGUCGUUGGAAACACCGAUAAAUUCAGAACUUCUGUGCAAAGCGGAAGUGAAGCUGUGGAAGAUGGUUCAACUGGAGACGUUUCCUGAGGAGUUAGCUGUGUUGCAGAGUCGACAUUCUACAAAGCCUUCGGGGGCGGUACCGGUAUCGAGCCCGUUGUAUAAAUUGUCAGCUUUCAUCGAUGAAGAGGGAUUGGUGCGAAUGGAUGGUCGUAUCGGCGCCGCCCCCAACCUGCCGAUCGAAGCUAAGUAUCCCGUUAUACUAGCUCCGAACCAUCCAGUAACCUUUCUCUUCGUAGAUUUCUACCACCGUCGAUGUCACCACCGUAACCAGGAGACGGUAGUCAAUGAGCUUCGUCAAUUGGUCUACAUUCCAGGUCUACGAAACCUGGUGCGCAAAGUCGCCGCUAGAUGUCAGAUGUGCAAGGUUUACAACGCAUCGCUGGGUUCGCCGAAGAUGGGCCCACUACCGCGGGCCAGGCUGGAAGCAUUUCUUCGUCCGUUCACCUACACCGGGCUGGACUACUUCGGGCCAGUGACAGUCAAAGUUGGUCGCAAACACGCUAAGAGAUGGGUUGCCUUGUUCACGUGCCUGACAACUCGAGCGAUACAUUUGGAGGUGGCACAUAGCUUGUCUUCGAUGUCCUGCAAGAUGUGCAUCCGUAGAUUCAUUGCUAGAAGAGGUGCCCCAUCCGAGAUAUACUCUGAUAACGGCACCAACUUCCGCGGUGCCGCGAAUGAGCUACAAGACCAAAUCCAGCAGUGCGCCGAAACCUUCACCAAUACCACGACCAAAUGGUAUUUUAAUCCUCCAGCCGCACCCCACAUGGGUGGGGUGUGGGAACGACUUGUGCGAUCGGUCAAGGUCGCUAUAGAAACAAUGGCCUCCGCACCAAGAGUACCCGACGAUGAAACCUUCGAGACAAUCAUCCUAGAGGCCGAGAGUAUGAUCAACUCAAGACCUUUGACAUACAUCUCGCUAGACAACGCCGGCCAAGAAGCGCUGACACCCAAUCAUUUUCUUUUGGGUAGCUCAAAUGGAGUUAAGCAACUGCCUAAGGAACCUACGAAGGCCACCGAUUGUCUACGCAGCAGCUGGAACCUGGCACAACACAUUCUGGAUGGAUUUUGGAAAAGAUGGUUGCACGAAUACCUUCCAACGAUUGCCAGGCGAACCAAAUGGUUCCGAGACACUAAACCAAUUGAAAUCGUCGAGGUUAUUCGUGGAAAAGAUGGUGUUACCAGACAGGCCCUGGUUCGUACGGAAGCGGGAGUCAUCCGACGUCCGGCAGUGAAGCUCGCCGUCAUCGAGGUAGCUGAAGAUGGUAAGGUCGAGGCUAGUGGACAGGACCAAACUCAACCUUACGGACCGGGGAAUGUUGGUACUGCUACGAGCCAUCCGCAUGCCAUUUCCCUCGAUCGGUACUGA